AUUCUUUAUACUAAAUAAGAUUUUUUUUUCUCCGUAUAAUAAAUUCUAUUUAUUUUAUUUUAUUUUUUUUUCUCUCAAUUAUUCAUUCUUUUAUUUUAUCACAAUGGGAUCUUCUUCGAAAGAUUAUAAAAGUAGCAGCCACAAAAGACGUCGUGAUUCAGUCGAAGAGUAUGAUAAAAGCAGCAAGUCAGCUAAACAUUCCAAAACUUCUAGUUCUUUGAAUUCAACUAUUAAACCUAUUGAUGAAGAAGACUAUUUUGAAAAAGCAACUGAAUUUCGUCUUUGGUUAAAAGAAUAUAAGCACAAGUAUUUUGAUGAAUUAAGUUCUAAAGAUGCAAGAAGAUACUUUAGAAAGUUUGUUAAAAAAUGGAAUGAUUACGAAUUAAAUGAAAAAUUUUACAAAGGAAUCAGCUCUACUCAACUUGAUUCUUCAGAUGCAACACGUUAUAAAUGGUCAUUUGCAAAAAAAUUAGAUAAUCAAUGGGAGUUGGAUACUGUACGCGAUAGUGUAGACAGUAUGACAAGUGGAAAUAAUAAUAACAACAAAGAAAAACAAAUGAGCAAUAAAAGAAGAACACAACCUGUAGGUCCUACUAUGCCAGACAGUAACACACUUACAUUAGAAAGAGAAGAACGAUAUGAACGUGAAAAAAUGAAUCGUAAAUAUGAAGCAAGGAAAAGAGCAGAAAGAAGAGAAGAUAUAUUAGAUGAAGUAGCACCAAAGGAAAUAGGUCGUGAAGCAGCACUCGCAAAAAAGAGAGCUUUGAAUGCGUAUCAUAAAAGAGAACGUAGCCCUGACAUUGAAUUAUCUGAGGCUGAUUUAAUGGGAAGUGAUGAUUUCCAAGCAAGGUAAAGAGAAUAAUAUUUAUGGAUAGAUAUAAUAAGAUGUGUAUAAAUGAAUCUAUUCCGUGGUAAUAGGUUAGCAGCAGAGAGAAGAGCAAGAGAAAAAAGAGAAGAAAGAAGACAGGAUAGACAGAAUCAAAAAUUAGCUCCUAUUUUAAGCAAAAUGGAAGAAUAUAAAGCUAAGGAAAAUGCUACAAUGGAAAUGUUUAGAAAGAUGGCAGAGGAGCAAAAGAAGAGAGGCGCUUUUUAAGCAAAAAAGAAAUUGUAUUAUAUAUUGUCUGUACUUGUUUGGUUUAGCACAGUAUUUAAACUCGAAUCUCAAAUAAUCAAAAAGUCGUUUAAAAUUACGUAGAAAGAAACUAUUUUGAUAAACGAAUAUUUCUGUUUUAUUAAAUUGUAUGCG